UGUAGCUGAUAUCGAAGGCACCUGACUUAACAUAUUCACGCGCAUACAUAAAUGGUCCAUGCCUUACCCAUCCGUAGGCACGUAGGCAACUUGUUGAGAACGACAGCCGACAGUUUUACAUUUAUCCCACCAAGAUGCUGACGUCUCGUGCCCUGAUCCGAGGGUUGCAGUCCAGCCUCUGGAGAAGUGUGUGCAGCACCAGUGCCCUGCAGGGGUCCCACUCCAAAGUUGUGGAUGUGAUAGACUGCAGCGUGCCACAGUAUAACAAUCGCCUGGACACCCCACUACCUGACAGGCCAUUUGUGAAACAUGACCAACUGUCUGCUGAGCAGAAGAAACUCAAGGAAAAGGAGAAGGCCUCAUGGAAAAGCCUCAGCAAGGAAGAGCAGCUUGCAUUGUACAGGAUGACAUUUGAGCUGACAUACCCUGAGAUGAGGAAGGGCUCCGACGAAUGGAAGACGGUGCUGGGGGGCGUGUUCUUCUUCAUGGGCUUCACCGGGCUGCUUGUGUGGUGGCAGCGGGUCUAUGUGUUUGGAGACGUACCCCACACUCUGAGUGAUGAAUGGGUGGAGAAGCAGACACAGAGGAUGAUUGACAUGCGCAUCAACCCAGUGAACGGCUUUGCAUCACAGUGGGACUAUGAAAAGAAGCAGUGGAAGUGAUGGAAUGUGAU